GGUCCUGGAAAGCCACACAGUUCUUAACCAGUGCUUCUGUUUGUUUUUUCUCACAAAUAUGCCUACAACAACGCCAUCAAAUCAAAAAAGCAGAGACACUUAAAGCCAUUUGAAGGAACUACUCACACAUCUCAACAUGGGGAAAUAAGAUUAGAUCAAGCCUGAACCCUCUGGAUCAAAACUGGCAACGAUGCAGGUUGGUCUUCAGGUCACCAGCAGCACCUCUCUCCAGAUCCCUCCUCAGCCUAAGAUCUUGCUGGACACUGUUCAGCCCGUCCUGGUCCAGGCCAUCAUCAGCCCUGAGCAGGGUAUGGAUGGAACCCUCCAGACACCACGGCCCCCCAGGACCUGCAACUCACCUGGACCUGCUGGGAAAUCAUGCUGGAACUUGGACGUGAGGGUGGCCGUGCUUCUGGUGACUCUGGCUGGAGCUGUAAUCCUGCUGCUGCUGUACAGACUCUUACAGCUGAGACACAGGCUGAGGUUGGCCAGGGCGAGGCACGCUCUGGAGUACUAUAGCUUCUUCCACACCGCCACCUAUACACUCAAACACCCUGCACCACGCCAGGACCCGACAGCCAAGAACGGGACGGUCCCUGAAGCUGCUUCGCCUGUCCAAACCGUUACCCCGGUCAUCCCCACUGUCAUCAUCCCACUUCCUCCCCCACCUGUGUCUUCUCCACCCCCACUGCCGCUCCCCCCACCUCCUGUGCUGUCUCCACCACCGCUCCACACUCCACCUUCUCUCCCUCCAACACCUCCUGUCUUGGCCUUUCCGCUGCCCCUGCCUGUGAUCCACACCACCCCGCCCAGCCCUCACUUGUCGUGGGGUGCCUGCUCGGACGCAGAUGUUUACUCUCGGAUUGGAGCUUUCAGACCGUCCAGGCUCUCCAGCCUCUCCAACCACUCCAAAGUCAUCCUGUUUGAACACUCGUCUCUCUGAUUUGUGAUGCAGAACAUGACUGGAGACGUCUGCGUUUGAGAAGACUGCAGUGAUUACCCAAACCCCUUUCCUCUAAUGGACUGAUAAUCAUCCGGGUACUAUUAAGUGUGACUAUUAAGGCAUAGACAAAUAUUUGUUCAGAUACUUUCAGGUCUUUCAAGAACUCAGGUUUGAGUUUUCUGAGGCACUGAAUUGAUUUAUCUACUUUGCUUUAAAGUACCAAACUGUGUGCCAGACCUCUGCAAGAAAAUUGCAGUUUGGAAUAAAACAUCUCAACUGUGAUUAUGUUUUGUUCCUCUGGAAAGUGUGGUUGUCUCUCAAUUCAGACUGCGUGACAGGCCCACUGUUUCUUUCCCUGAAGAACUGUUUCAAACCUGUGUCUAUUCUAAAACUUUUGGAGGUAUAAGAAAGUCAAACUUGAAGAAAGACUCGCUUUUGUAUGUCAUGUCCUUCACAACCUGGUAAGUGCUCAUCAUUCAGAGCCUCACAAUCUCCAGGAUCAUCUUCAGAGAUUUAUUUUCUAAAUAUAUAUUGUAAAUAGCAACUUUGUCUAUUGAUAUUGACAUUUUUACACACUGUAAACACUUGGAAGUUGAUAAAACUAAAAAUGUUAAGGCAUCAGCCUAUCAAUAUUUAGCUUAUAGAGUAGAUGGUUUGAGUUAAGUCAUAUUUUACAUCAUCACAAUGCAAAACUUCCACUUAAAGUCAGCUUAACUUAAGAAGAAAUAAGAUACAAGUUCACCCAACAACUGUUAUCAAAGUGAGACGUGCAUCCCUCCCAAAUAAACAGAUAUAUCAUGCUUGUUAGAGAUCUAUAUUGCAAAUACUAAUAGGGCUUUUAAAAGAAAGAAAUGAGAUGUGCUAGCAUGGGAUGUCAAGAUGUAGUUGUAGGUGGUUUUCAGCCUGCGGUUGAAGAUUGUGCUGCCUCCCUAGUAAGGAACAGGCAAAUCCUCAUGUUACAAAAGGGAAAGCAACGACAGUUACUAGUAAUAGUAAGAUAAUGUCAAGACUGAUCCCUCCUGUGCUACACCACCUAAUACAGUAAUGACAGACGCUCAUUUGGCUUCUAGAGGAGAUUUAGAUGAGAAGGAAUGAGGUGAGGUGAGGUCUAAGCAGUUGCCAGGCAACCAAUGGAGACUCCUGGAAGUUACUGGGUGGUAUAACCCUGGAUAAAAUGACAAAUUGUUGCUUUACUUCAGCUUUUGAAGGGAUUAUUCAAACUAGUGAGCUUUUGAGGGGCUGGUAGGUGGAUUUUGUUCCCAAGCUAUCUGUUUCCCCAUUUCCAGUCUUUGUCUUAGCUAGCUGUGUUCAACGGACUGUAUGAGAGUGCUAUUUCUCAUCUACUGUCAUUCUCCACAGAAAGCUAAUAAGUGUAUUUCCCAGCCAGAAUAGAACUUCCGUUUUAAGUUACUAGACUGAAGUCAUGUAUAGAAGCUUUGAAUUGGCUCUUAAUGUGAGAAUGAGUCAAUUUAAGUGACAAGUGAAAAGUGACAAUCAUAUCCAAUUACAAACAAGUUAAAAAUAAAAGAUUUUUAGAAAGAGAGUUAAUGAAUUCAAUUGGUUGGUGAUUAAUUAUAUGAUUAUAAUUAGUUUUCCACAACUAAAAAACUCAAGUUAACAAAACUUGUUAGUGCAUUGCAUCCACAUAUUUAAACUGUGAGUCCUAAAUAUAGAUAGCAAGAGAAAAGUUUAUUUUUCUUAUAUAAUACACAAUGUCUUCAUUUUUACAGUGUAGUUAUUGUAGCAGAGCCUAUUGUUUCUUCAAACAGGAGGCAUUUCCUGAGCUGGUUUUCCAUGGCAGGGUCCCUUCCUGUUUCACAACAUUCUCUCUGUUUCCCCUGACACUCUCUCUCUCUGUAUCAGUCUCACUUUGCAUUUCAUUUACUUACAGUAUUAAAUUAUAACACUGAAGUAGUUUCAGACAUACAUUUGAAAUUGGCCAUAUUCAACACAUUUAAAAUCAUAGUACAACAACACUUAUCAAAGAUAUAAUGGGUACAAGAACCACUGACCAGACAGAUUGAUCAUUCUCUGAAGUUGCCCUGUGGACACUCUGCUACCAUCUGUCUGUUGUUCAUAUACUAACCUCUGCAUCCACCUUGGCCCUAACAAGCUGUUAAGAUACAUUUUCACUCAAUAUUUAACCAUGUUUUCUCAAUUGUCCUCUCAUUUAUAAUUCAGCAAUGGUUUAUAAAUUCAUGUGGGAAUCUGUUUGAGUCGAUGGUUGUUUCCUCUCCUGGGAGAAAACUGAGACCUUGCGUGAAAGGCCUCUUUAGUCUUUUCUGUGUCUAAUUCUGCUAGUGAGGCCGCGGUCUCCAUACUAAAAGCCAGUUAAUUCAAUCUGUGCAUGUACUGCAGCAUUGUCUCUUAAUUGGUUGUAAGCUGGGCAGGAAAGGCAUUUGUAACUAUACACUGCUGCAGCAAUUAAAUAAAAUGAGGCAAUGUCAUGCAAGGAUGAAUAUGAAUGGGUUUGUGUUCUGCAUCUGAUUGAUAUUAAUAGAGGUUUUUCAUCUCAAAAUGUUACAAAUCUAUUUCAGAAUGCCCAUAGUAAUGCUUCCUACAGUGGUAAAAAAAUAUAUACAUUCGGCAGCAGGUUGGUGUUACAUUUUUAGAUACAAGCUUUGCACUUUGUUGCACUUUGUUGCAUUUAGUUACUUGUUUUAUUUUAUGCUAGCUUGAUUCUUACUCUUGUAUUACUUCUCCACUUUUGUAUCGCAAUUGUUGCACAGCAGUUUCCCUCAGGAUAAAUAAAGCUUCUUGAAUCUUGAA